UUCUUCCGGUAUCAAAAGUCAUUUCCGGUCUUGUUGUGCCAUCAAAUCUAAAUCGUGUAGCACGAGAAAUCUUACUUACUUCAAGAGCACGGUGAAGGAAUUAUGCAGUCUCAUACGAUCCUGUUGGUCCAGCCCACCAAGAGACCAGAGGGACGGACAUAUGCUGACUAUGAAUCAGUCAAUGAGUGCAUGGAAGGUGUGUGUAAGAUGUACGAGGAGCACCUGAAGAGAAUGAACCCCAACACACCAUCCAUCACCUAUGACAUCAGUCAACUGUUUGACUUCAUCCAUGACCUGGCUGACCUCAGCUGCUUGGUGUACCGUGCGGACACACAGACGUACCAGCCGUACAACAAGGACUGGAUCAAGGAGAAGAUUUACGUGUUGCUGCGACGUCAGGCCCAACAGGCUGGGAAAUGAGACCUACAGCCCAGUUCCAGAAUGACUGCACUGCAGACGCCUGAUCUCACAACAACCUGGACAGGUGUUUAACAUGUCCGCUAAGCACAUCUUAUGUUAUAGCAAUCUGUUGCCCAACCAUUGGUGGAUGCAACAUCUGCAAUGUAGGCUGCCUGGAACGCGACCAUCAGGGGAAUUUGCCCCUAGAUGCUUGGGUCAGUUUUGCGUUUUCCCUAGUAAUGUUUUUUUUGGGGGGGGGCUUGGAUCUGUACAUAAGGGAACCUUCACUCCGGAGCGUUUUGGAAAGGGGGGGUUGAAUGAUGCUAUGAAUCCAGGAUAUUUUCUAGAGGGAAGGGGGGGUUGUAAGGCAGCUUACAUUUUGUUAAAAUGUUUGUAUUUAAAGAAAAUUUCCCCUUUUACUAAAAAAAAAAAAAAAGAAGUCUUUGUCUUUUACUUUUAAAAUAAAAAAUGAUUCUUUGUUA